AUGCGGCCUUCAUUCCUCUUCACUCUUGCAUACCUCACCGUGAGCGUCAUUGCUGGCGGAUAUCAAGGAUGCAUUGAACGCGUGUUACUCUUCUACGCCUACCAAAUCGACGAACUCAACGACCCCAAGGACCGAAUUCUGGGCUUCGCCUGCAAGAAAUGGGACUUCAUGCCCGUCUCCCCAGAAUGCAAGAACAAUGAAUGGAAAGAGUGCAAGGGCAAAGGCGGCCGUAGAUGCAAUUUCAACGAACUCAUGGCGUCCCUAGGCAAAGCGCGUCCCAACCACAAGCUGGUUGGCCCUCCUGGAGCAGAUCAAUUCACGACAACCCCUGAUAUUGAUGAGACGUCAAAGGUCCUCUACCACCAUUAUACCUCAAUGGUGAAGAAUAUGAUAGUGCCCAACUACCCAGCCUACAAGGCCAUGAAGGGUGCCGAUAUGGACUAUAACAGGUACCUCGAGCGCCCCGGCAAACUGGUCAACGACGCAGCAAUGCACAAAACUGAGGCCAACAAGCACCUGUGGGAGAAAUACGACUCUAGCCUGGAGAAAAUUAAAGCCGCACGCGCGGGUGACCAUGGCCGAUUUCUCGUCCCAGCCGCUAAAGCGGACUUAGGAUCGAAAAUGGAGGUUGUGCUGGAACAUUUGGGCAGCAACCCCGUCAAGCCCUCGGAAGUAUGGGAAACUGUUGACUGGGCAGCCACCGAAGAAAAGGCCAAGAAGGAUGGCGUUGCCGAUUAUGAGGAUCUCAUCGAUAAGUUUAAGAGUACGUUUUACGGCACUCGUGUCGCCCGGGAACAUUUGGUAGUCGAGGAGACAUUCAAACGGAUGGCAGACACGGCACGGUCAUGCCGCUAG